GUGGCGGAGAUGUGGGGGGGCAUGGCUGUGCUGUUCACUUCAUCACUCCCGCACCCCCUUCUCUUCCCCUACCACCCCCACUCGCCCGGCAGGUGGCGGAGAUGCGGGGGGGCAUGGCAGUGCUGUCAGACGCCUCCACAGGCACCACCAUUCUGCUGGCGCUGCCCCUGGGGGGAGGGGAGGACGCCGGCAGCACGGGCGUCAGGGAGGAGAAUGGAGAGGCGCUUAGCGAGUCUGCAGAGGCUGGUCAGGAGAGUGCGGAGCGGGAGAGCGAAUUGCAGGAGGGGGCAAUCAAUGGACCCGCAGCUGCUCUGCCUCAUGCUGCUGCUGCCUCGGUGCAACCAGCUUUGCCGCCGCAGCGGCCAGCAGCAGGGGUGCGAGCGCUGGUGCGUGCGCGCACGUGUCCAGUGGAGAUGAAGACGGGCACGGGGGUCGGGGAGGGCGUGGGGGAGGCGGAGCGGGUGGUGCGGGGGGUGGUGGCGGGGCGGGGGGUGGCGGUGGUGGAUGACAACGUGGUGAACCGCAUGGUGGCGCGCAGAACGCUGCAGGGCUACGGGGCGCACGUGCUGCUGUUCCCCUCCGGGGAGGAUGCGCUGCAAGCGCUCUCCUCUGCUACGCCAUCCCUGCCCAUCCACCUGCUGCUCCUCGACCUCCACAUGCCACCCGGCAUCGACGGGUCCGUGCCUCGCUUCACCUCUCCUUCACCUCUCUUUAACCUCUCCUUUACUCUCCUUCACCUCUUUAUAACCUCACCUUUACCUCUCCUUCACCUCCCCUUCACCUUUCCAUCCCCUCUCCUUAGUGCUACAAACAUCUCUGUAUCGUGGUAA